UACUCAAUCGAUUCUUUUGGCCAAAGCUAAACCCAACAAGUAUUCUUCACCAAGCUUUCAAAAAAUCAUCAAUCUCCCCUCACCCAUUUCUUUAAUCCAUUGCUUUCCUCCAAAGCUUUAAUCUUUCCCGUUGGCAUUUCACGAGAUCCCCAUCUCUCUUCACGGAAACCCUACACAUCCCCAUGCACAAGCUGUAUAAAUAUAACUAGUUUCUUGAUCCUUGUAUACAUAGAUUUUUCUACAAUGACGAGGUCUGUGAGUAUUCUUGCAUUCUCAUUUUGUUUCUUGCUACAAAGCUUGCUAGGGCUUUGCAUGCUAGACCCCAUGGACUUUCUUGCGUUGCAAGCAAUCCGAAAAUCGUUGGAGGACUUGCCGGGGUCGAGUUAUUUUGCUUCGUGGGACUUCACCGGCGAUCCAUGCAACUUCGCCGGGGUUUUCUGUGAGGAAAAUAAGGUGGUUUCGAUGAAUCUCGGCGACCCACGUGCCGGGUCGCCGGGGCUCACCGGCAGGCUUGAUCCGGCGAUUGGGAAGCUGAGUUCGCUGGCGGAGUUCACGGUGGUUCCCGGGAGGAUUUACGGCGGGAUUCCGCCGAGUUUUUCGCAGUUGAAGAGGUUGAGGUUUUUGGGGAUCAGCCGGAAUUUUUUGUCCGGCGAGAUUCCGGCGGGGCUCGGGGAGCUGAGGAUGUUGAGGACUAUUGAUUUUAGUUAUAAUCAGCUCGCCGGAAGUGUGCCGUGGUCGGUCGGAAGUUUGCCGGCGUUGAGUAAUGUGAUUCUUGGGCAUAAUCAUUUGUCCGGGUCGGUUCCUCGGUUCGGGUCGAAGGUGUUGACCCGGCUUGAUCUUAAGCAUAAUGAGCUAACCGGGUCAAUUGGGCCGGAUUAUCUUCCUUCUUCUCUGAGGUAUUUGUCUUUGGCUAUGAACCGGUUUACCGGUCCAGUGGACCGGUUUUUAUCCAAGAUGAACCAGCUAAACUACUUGGAUCUUAGUUUGAACCAAUUUUCGGGUUACAUUCCGGGUUGUUUAUUCACAUUUCCUAUAUCAAAUCUUUACUUGCAAAGAAACCAAUUUAUCGGGUCGGUUCAACCUUACGGGCAAGUUCGAAUCCAAACCGUGGAUCUUAGUUUUAACCGAUUAUCGGGCCCGAUAUCACCCUUGUUCUCGACGGUUCAGACUCUUUAUCUUAACAACAAUCGGUUCAUGGGUCAAGUACCGGCCACAAUUGUGGACCGAUUGCUGGAUUCUAGUAUACAAAUUUUGUAUUUACAGCAUAAUUACUUGACCGGCAUUGCGAUUAAUCCGAGGGUCGAAAUUCCGGUUCGAAGCUCGUUAUGUUUGCAGUAUAAUUGUAUGGUUCUUCCGGUUCAGACACCCUGCCCUGUGAAAGCCGGGAAGCAGAAUACCAGGCCGACCGGACAGUGCAUUGUGUGGAAUAAAGGGGUAAAUUAGGAAAUAAUUAUUUUUUGGUGAGAGAUUAAUAUUAUACUCAAUAUCUUGAGUUUUGUGAUCAUUUUCCGUGAUUGAAAAUAAUAUUGCUUGAUGUAUAUACAAAAAAAUAUUGAUUUUUUAACGAGUUGCUGAAUUUAUA